AUAGAUAUAAAGAUUUCGGUUCCGCUUUACACAUCCAAUUAGAUGAUAAAUUACCGGCCAACACUGAAUUCAAUUUAGUUAUUAAUUAUACCACUUUGAAACAGGGUGUUGCUGUACAAUGGCUGGAACCAAUACAAACCGCUGGAAAAAAAUAUCCAUAUUUAUUUACUCAUUGCCACCCUGUAAAUCUUCAAAAGUUUAUUUCACAUAUUUCACAUAUUUCACAUUCAUUUCCUUAUCAUACUCCCGCAAUCAAGCUAUCUUAUAAUGCUAUUAUUCAAGUUCCACAACCUCUACGUGCUUUGAUGAGUGCUAUUGAAGUUUGUGAAGAAUUAAAUUUAGAAGCUAAUACCAAGAUUUAUAAAUUUAAACAAACCGUUAAAAUUCCAUCAUAUCUGAUUGCUCUGGCCAUUGGUAAUUUAGUGGGUGAAAAAAUUGGCCCUAGAUCAACUGUAUGGUCUGAACCAGAAGUA